CAAUAAAAAUAACUAAAAUCGAGAAAACUUAUACAGGUGGCAUAGGGAUGAGGUAUCCUAGUUAGGUUAAGUUACGAUAGAUUCGACUAGUUUACAUUACGUUACGCUGGUUUACGUCAGGCUAGGUUAAAACAUACACUGUGUGACCUUUAGGAGAGCAUAGCGGACGACCCUCACCCGUGACGUCAGAGUGGAGGCUCCUCCUACCUGGCUGGAAGGAGCGUGCCAGGCUGGCUGCAAGUCUCCACUCACAACAAUCUGGCCCAAGCUCAGCUCCGGGCAGGAUCUACACCAAGCUGCCCGCACCAAAGGGGAAGCACGGACAUUAGGGAACUUACCUGCCAGCUCUAAUUCACCCACCGAGAUAGAUGACCUCCAGGAUUCUAGCUACGUAAACAAGGCAUCAUAUUCUUUCGAACCCGGGUUAGCCGGGUGGUAGCCCCACACUACGAUCCCGGAUUAGAGGCUUUGUUUGGAAACAAUGGGGAAACAAGUCGAUGGAGAUCCGGCAUGAGGUGACAUGACUAGCCGAGUGAUGGCAGCAGGCACUACAUAAACCUGGAGCUCAGUGCUCUUGACGUUCGUUGGGAAGCAUACAUACUGGGACUCCCACGAUGACGGAAACAAGGAGCCCCUGGCGGCAAUUCCUGGCGGCGCUGAGCACGCUCUCAGUGGAGCCCAUCAUGCUCCUGGAUGGCCUAGCAUACUCCAACAUGGUGGUGCUCGUGGAAAACCUUCAGAUGGAUAAAGUAUGCCUGGUUAAUCUCAAUCAGACACAAGAAGUGUGUUCGAAUCUUUCUAACCACACGGAUGUGAAAGAUUCAAUCAGUAAAGAAGUGAGUGUUUUCGCUAUGUACAACGGGAUCAUCACUGCCGUCAUACCGCUUUUCUUCAUCCUGUUCAUGGGUGCGUGGAGUGACAAGUAUGGCAGAAAGGUACCCCUCGCAGUGUCCACCUUAGGUCACCUCUUCUACAGUUUGGGCUAUCUGGUGUCCUCAGCUGUGGAUACGUGGCCGGUGGAGUACCUACUCUUUGUGGCACUGCUCGACUCUCUCGGCGGUGGCACAGUAUGUUUCCUCACAGCUUCUAACUCCUACAUCAGCGAUGUGACUUCGGAGGCAAGCAGGACCUCUCGGGUGGGCCUUGCCAACAGCAUCUGGUUUCUCGGGGGUCCUAUAGGUACUCUAAUUGGUACUUAUAUAUAUAAAGUUGGUGGGUACCAGGUUCUGUUUGGGACUUCUUUAAGCAUGUAUGUGGUGUCUCUCUUUUACAUCUUCUUCUUCUUGCCAGAGAGUCAUGGACCCUUCGCAAACGUUCAGAAACUUGAAAAGAUCUUGCCUCCGAAGCAAUCUCUUCGCCUCCGGGAGAGUAUCGCCUGGAUAUAUGGCAUUGAAAAGGUGAAUAAGAAGAACGUUAUGCAUACUAAAAGUGUUAUUAAGAAAAUGAAGAGCAUUACCUUCAGCUUGAUGGUAAAGGACUUCGUCAGUCCCAAAAGAAUCGUCGAGAGCUUUAAGUGCACGCUCAAGAAGAGGGAGGGUAAUGUGCGGGUUUACAUCCUGCUACUCAUCACUUGCAACUUGCUUCGUAAACUGGGCAGAGGUGCCUACAUGUACUUGUUCACCCGCCAGGUGCUGCUGUGGCAGGCUUCCGAUUACGGUCUGUGGGUCACCUACAAAAACCUACUGGCCACCCUAGGAUCCCUGGUGGCGGUGCCGGUGCUCAGCGCAGGACUCAAGGUAUCCGAUAACGUCUUGGCUUUGGUGGGCGCGUUCUCCUCAGUCUUCGACUACGUUCUUUACGGCCUCGUCACCCCAAGCACCUACUUCUUCAUGUGGCUCGCGCCCUUGGCUGCUCUCUUGGUCAACUCGUGUGCCAUCGCGAUCCGUGCCUUGCUGUCCAAGUACGUGGCUCCUGAUGAACUGGGUAAGGUGUCAGCGGUGCUGGGAGCUUUGGACGGGGUGAUGCCCAUGUUGAGUUUCUCCCUCUACACCGCUGUCUACCACUCCACUGUCAACAUCUUUCCCGGGGCGCAGUUCUUCUUCGGCAGUUCCGUUAACUGUCUCAUGGUCCUCAUCUUCGUUGUGGUGAUCUUGGCUGGCAGGGGAGGCAACUACAUGGUGGAGACCGCAGAGCCGCCACCGCCUCAAGGACCCGUCACUGAGAAGAGUCUGGUGGUCCGCAAGGAUUCCCGCUGGCUCUUCGACGAGCAGAGCAACGGCAAGAUCCGCCUGGCUACCAUCCUCCUCUCUGCUAUCAACUUUAGUAUUGAGGCGCCCAUGAUUGAGUACAGUUACGGUAAGCCCCUGGAGACCAUCCCAGAGGAGCCGGAGGAGGAGAGCGAAGCGGAGGAAGGAGGAAGUCGUAACUCUUACGACAACGCCGCCUACGACGACAUCGAAAUAACGAAAUCAUAAGCUUUUAUACAACUGCACGUACUAUUGCAUGUUGAAUACUGGUACACAUUGUAAAUAUAGUUUCUGUAUCUAUAUUGUACAUUAUGUACAAAGUGUAUGAUACUAAAUGAGAGUUGCAUGACGUAUAAAUUCCAUGAGUGUAUGUCACUGUUUAAGAUUAGGUUAAAAGUUACUGCUGCACUAUUAAGUGCUGGGAGCACAACCCAUGACAUUACUGAAUCAUGCUCUCUGGCAGCUUAAGCCACUGACUAUGGUCGUAGAAUAUGUAUAUAUUAUAUAAAAAUAUUAUUCUUAGGUUUACUUGACAAGAGAGUGCCCGAGUUUACCCCAGGCGGCGAAACGAACAACAGCGAUUCUCGUUUAUCCGCUGGACGUCAACAGAACUACUCCUUUGUGUAAUGGAUGUGAUGAACUCGAGUCAGAAUUUUGUCGAGGACUAGCGACGGGUGCUCUCUCUCUUCUGACGACUCUCACGACGACCUGUUCACUCUUGGCACUACCUGCACAUUCCUGUUUCUACCUGUUUACUUCUGGCUCUACCUGCACACUUUCUUCCCGAUAACACGUGUACCUUUAAUUAUACCCUCACUCUUCCUAUCCUCCUGACUUCCCCUGCACUCUUAGCAAGGGCGAUGACCUCCGGAAGAGACUCCAAGUAAAUACUUGUCAAUAUUUAAUAUCAUUUAUAUAUAAUCUUUCCCCUUGCCAAUAAAUUAUCAUACUUCAUUCCAAUCCUUUCUACUCUUCUGCUCUGCCAUGGCUAUUGAUCUUGACCUCUUCUCCGAAAUAUAGAAUAUAUAUUAUUCCUGCUUACCAUUCAUAUUUUAUAAAGACCUGUUAUACAAAUGAGUACAUUAUUUCUUGAAUUUAUUCGUAUUCCGCGGGCAUACUCCAGCAGUACUGAUUUAGGUAUUGCUGCUAUAGCUACAAGUUAAUUGUGCACCCCACGUCCAUCCUUUGGAUGAUAGCGCAAAGGCAAAUGGAUACACGAGGCCUAAGAAAUAGGCCUCAAAAUGGUUGAAAGGAGCGCAUCUGGAUGUACUGUAAAUUUACAAUUUGUCUUAUCUGUUAGAAACAAAUUUAGUGAAUUUGCUUAAUAAGAUACAUUGACAUAUCACAGGUUAUGCUAUAUUUAUAUUUCUCAAUAAGUGGCCAAUCAGACACAUAGUGUUCAAGAAUGACUAUAAGGCUAAUCACAUUUAAUAUGAUCAUCUGUGUCUGCCAAAGUGCCAGAAGUACUUGUAAGCAAGCAUAAGUCGGGCUAUCACAAGAUCAGUCAGUGUACAUUGCAAGUUGCUCCGUAAAUGUGUUUACGGUCAUGUUGUCAUAGAGAGUUAUGGAACAGCACUCGUGAACUGGUCACGUCUGGAGAAUAUCGGAAUGGAAUAAUCUACAAUUUCACGACCGUUUAAGAUGCUUCGUAAUACUACCUCUUAAUUUACGACGAAUUUUUUUAUUCCUAAGGAAGCGAUAAAACCGUUAGGAUCAU